AAAACCUACACACAAUUCUUUGCAGACCUACAACAUGCCGCCCAAGGAUGAUGUUAGGGAAGAAAAGCCAACCUACUUCACUUGGAGACAGCUCCUUGUCGCUGUGUCCGUCUCCUUGUGUUCGUUCUGCACUGGUUUCUGUGGUGCGUACACCUCUCCGGCCUUGCCCUCGAUGAAGGGCAAGGAUGGCAAGUUCCUUAUCACUCCGCAGCAAGAGUCCUGGGUGGGGGGACUCAUGCCACUGGCCUGCCUGGUGGGCGGCAUUCUGGGCGGCCUGCUGAUCAUGUAUAUUGGCCGGAAGUGGACAAUUAUGGUAACGGCACCGCCGUUCAUUAUUGGCUGGCUGCUGAUCGGCACCGCCACAGUUAUUGGCAUGGUGCUGGCGGGUCGCGCUUUCUGCGGCCUGGCCGUGGGACUGGCCACCAUGGUCCUGCCCGUCUAUCUGGGCGAAACGUUGCAUCCACAGGUGCGUGGAUCUUUGGGACUGAUGCCAACGCUACUGGGCAACGGGGGCCUGCUGCUCUGCUAUGCAUUUGGUUCCUUCCUUAACUGGUACCUUCUGGCCUUCGCUGGGGCCGUUUUCUGCAUUCCCUUCAUCAUUCUGAUGCUGUUCGUGCCGGAGACACCGCGCUACCUUCUGUCGCGCGGCAAGACAGAGCAGGCCCAGAAGUCGCUCGCCUGGCUGCGUGGCAAACACGGCGACAUUGAUGCAGAGAUGAAGGAGCUGGCCAGCACACAGGGCGAGAAGGCCAAUGCCAAAAGCACGUACGGGGACAUGUUCAAGAAGCGCAACCGCAAGCCCAUUCUCAUUUCCCUUGGCCUGAUGCUGUUCCAGCAGCUGAGCGGCAUCAAUGUGGUGAUCUUCUACACCCAGCAGAUCUUUUUGGAUGCCGGCUCCACCAUUGAGCCGGCCAUUGCCACGGUCAUUGUGGGUGUGGUCAACUUUUCGGCCACUCUUAUAGCCACAGCUGUCAUUGAUCGCAUUGGACGCAAGGUACUGCUUUAUAUUUCCGAUAUAACCAUGAUUAUCACGCUACUCACGCUGGCCAUCUACUUUCUGGGCAAGCACAAGGGUUGGGAUUUGUCGGGUGUCGGUUGGCUGCCACUUUUGGCCGCCGGAUUCUAUGUACUAGGCUUCUCCGUGGGCUUUGGACCCAUUCCCUGGCUAAUGAUGGGCGAGAUAAUGCCGGCCAGUGUCCGUGCUCCAGCUGCCUCUAUGGCCACCGCUUUCAAUUGGCUUUGCACCUUUAUAGUCACCAAAACUUUUGUGGAUAUGAUUUCUCUGAUCAAUAGCUAUGGCGCAUUUUCCGUAUAUUGUGUGUUCUGCAUUAUAGCCUUGGUUUUUGUCAUUUUGUAUGUGCCCGAAACUAAGGGCAAGUCCCUGGAGCAAAUCGAGGCAGAGCUGACUGGUGGCAAGGAAUAGAUGCCAA